AUCAAAUUUCUCGCUAGUGCUCGCCUUUACGUCUAUUUUAACAUGCAGGCUUUUUAGAUCACAAUUGCCUUCAUAUUUAAUGCAUUAGGUGUCAAUGGACAGUCAAUGGAGUUUCUGAUUAGAUGAUAAUUUCAAGCUGAAUUGAUUCUAUUGAUCCUGAAUUGUUACAUUCGUGUAGAAAUAAAAUGCAAUUAACGUUGACACGUACGAAUCUCUCUUCUUCGGGUACUCAGGUUCGCAGUUUUUCUCGUGCAUUCAACUAUUUUAGCAGGAUGGGUGCACUCGAACGAGCAUGGAUUUAUUGUGCGCCAGGAAAAACAAGCAGACUAUAAAGUGUAACGCGUCGACAGUGAAGGCGCGUGGAACGAGAAUUCAUGGUCUCUCAUGAGAAAUCGGAGGAGCUGUGUAUACGUGUUAAAUGAUGUAUCGCCGAGGCUGGAACCAAGUACUCGGAGUCAGUCAAAAAUCUCCCUCACAAAACCGAUGAUAUUUCUCCUCGUUCCUGCGUAACGUGCAAUAAACGUUUGAAUAGAUGAAUACGAAUGUUCAUCGCGGUGCAAACUUUUGAUGGAGUAUUUGUCUGAGCAUCGAUCUACAACGCCGAGCCAUUUGAAGAGCAGCAUUCAAGGUAGCGAGAAACACAAGAAGGGGACAAGAGGCAGGGAAAGUAGGACGAGCAUCUUCGAGUCUGUUUCCCUUCCGAGAACGUAAUAGUCGAUUUUCGUACUCGAAAUAAAAUGUUGCUAAUAAUUCAGCUGCACGACGAAACCGUUGCUUCCGUUAAUCGUCCACUUUUCCCUGUUCCUCCUUUCUCAAUAGUCUACCGGGCUACAUCCCGUGGUUCCGAGGUUGCUCGUGACGACACUGAUCGAGGGGUUGAAGCUGGAGGGGAUAGAGCAGCUGGGGUGGCUGGAGCUCGAAUGCGAGCUCGUGGUACCUACACGCUGGGUCUGGGUUUGGCCGGGUCGCGGUGGCUCCUGCGCAGCGGUCCAAAGAGACGGAGAAGCGGAGACAGAGAGGCGGAAGUUGCGACGAGGCGAGGCGAGAAGAGCAGGCGAGGAAAAGCGAGGUAGCUGGCGAGCGAGCGAGCAAGCAAGCAAGCAAGCAGCCGCCUUGUUCGUUCCUCUGGCUGGUUCAUCUCGUCCAGUGCUCGCGACUACGAACGGAGUGUGGCUCGUCAGUUCCAGGAUUCACACGCUACCAGUUUCCGUCACGCAUCCUCUCGCCGCACCGAGGGACCUGUCUCGUGUAGUCGCGUUCUCGCCUCCCUCUGUGUUCUCUUCGUUGGCAAGCCAGAGACGGGGCCGGGGUGAUCGUACGAACCAGCAGACGACAGAGAGGGGGCUCGUUCGUAACGCGGCACCCCGGGCUCCUCGGUUCCGUUGGCCAAUCCGCGCCGUUCACGGGCAAAACAGAUCCGCGUCUACGUGUACCGGGAAUAGAACUUGGUGCCAAGUGACCGUAGCUUCCAGUGCGAGAGGCAAGAUGACGAUCGAGAGGGACUAUCAACUGGACAAGAAGACCUGCCCUUCGUGAUUUCACCGUGAUACCAAGCGUGCACGUUGCGUCGGACGUCCACACGCGCGUCUACAUCGGUUGCCAAGCCGGCUCGCAGCGGACCUUCGUACCUAGGCCGGUCGUUCAACGUGGCCGAUCCUUGGACAUGGUGAGGGGGCAUGUUGAUGUGUCGGCGGUUGCUGCUGAUCGCAGCCGCGAUCACGGCCUCGAUCGAGGCUGGCUCCGCUAGUUACCAUCCCGGGAUCUCCUCCGACUAUUCCGGAUAUCCCGCCUUUCCGGCCUAUCCGAGUCUGACGUCCGAGUCCUCGUCGAUCGCAACCACGACAAGUCUGGAGAAUGUGCCCACCUGCAGGCCAUCAGAGUAUCUGUGCGGCACCGGCAACUGCGUCGCGCAGGACAAGUACUGCGAUGGCGAAGACGACUGUGGUGACAAGUCCGAUGAGCCUAGAUAUUGCACCCCGUGUAACAGAACCUUGUACGGCGACGUUGGCCGAACCUACAGGGUGGAAGUCCGCCGGCCAAGGGAGGAUCGACUGCCAUUCUUGUGUCAUCUGAACUUCACCGCCGCCGGAUCUGAUCUAGGGGACCUAGUUCAGUUAACAUUCGAUACGUUCACCGUGGGACGAUUUCAGUCGUUCACAUCUACAGGAUGUCCGGAUGGUUACAUGACCAUCCGUGAGGAGGGUCGUCCAGCGACUGGGGGGCAAUGGUGUGGUAGCGCCUGGGGAUAUACCGUUUACUACAGCGAAACACCUUCCAUCAAUUUGACGCUGUAUUUGCUGCUUCUGUCCGAGCAGGGUAUCGGCUACAACUUCGAUUUCAAAUUAUCGUACAAGUUCCUGAGACGUAGCGAGGCUCACCUCAGAUACGGGAAUAGCAGCAUGUCUACCUGGCGGGGAGAACUGGUGAACGGCACUUACUGCGAUCGCGUUCUGACCAAGUGCGACGUUAGAGCUUGCCGACUGCAAUCGCCGAAUUAUCCCGGUGUUUAUCCUAGAAACGUCACCUGCUAUUAUCGCGUAGAGCAGAAUCGAGCACCACCUGGACAUCGAGCAUUGCUGGCUGUGAGUCAACGCAACAGUCAUAAAAUACACAUCAAAUAUCAGGACGUAAAGUACGAUGGCAGCCAGAGGAUAUUGAGAGUCUGGGAUCAAUGCAACGUGGUGCAGGAUUACUUGACCGUGUACGACGGUGGCUCGACUUCCGACAAGGUAUUGGUUAGACUUUGCGGAGGAGAUGCCGUGCCAGAUAUCGUUAGCAGUCACAACACGAUGCUCCUUGAGUUUCACACGUCCCCUUACGACAAUCUUUUUCAUCCGGUUCCUCUGUCGUUCCUACCGGGCUUCGAGCUCGAGGUUCAGGUGCUCUUCGUGGACGAGAAAUCCAGAAGUUUCGUGAAGGAGAACAGCAACUGCGACUUUUAUAUAUCCAGCGACGAAAGUUUAUCGGGAGUCGUGGAGAAUCCUAAGCAUUCCUUGCCUCCGAACACGACCUGUCGCUACCACUUCCAAGGCAAGAUGAACGAGAUCGUCUGGCUGUCCUUCAUCAAGUACUAUGCUGCCAGUGCUGACGCCGCCUCGAGCAUCGACGUUACUUCGGACUGUAACGCGAAGCUUCUCAUAUGGGACGGCGAUCACACGAUAGAUAAAUUAGUUCCCGUGCGUAAGAAUAUCACACUGAUGGGGCAGUUCUGCAAGGAUGAUACUCCCCGCCUAUGCGACCACAGUCUACUGCGAAACGGAAGUCGUCACGCUCGGCCCUGUAGUCUCGCGGAGAGCUACGUGUCCAGCGGCAGAGACCUCACCCUGGAACAUAUUCUACGUCAAGGAAGUGCACUUUAUCCGAUAAGCUUUGUACUGCGAUACGAGUUCGUGCACGAGUCGGCUUCAUGUAACCACGUGUUCGGUCCCGCGUCGACAACAUCCACGUCUUCCACGUCCUCUUUAUCCUCUUCCUCUCUCUCGUCCGCCAAGGUAGGCAAAUUCGCGUCGCCGAAAAGUGUAUUCUUCUAUGGACGCGGUGGUGCGCAAAACGUUAGCUGUGUGUAUCGUUUCGAGGCCGAACCGGAUCACAGAAUAGAACUGUCUAUAACGAGAGCCUCGUUCGGAGACAGAGGAUGUUCCUCGUACGUAGAUCCGUUGGUUAAUCGGUGGACCUGCGACCGACGGGUUAUAGACUCCCUGAAGAUAGGCACCGCGGAGCUCAUCGUUGCCGAGUAUCCCUGGCAAGGAGUCGAACUGGUCCGCGACUGCCUGUGUUCCAACAUAAGCGACAGAAUCUUGCUGAGGACGUUGACUUCCAACGUGGUCGAAGUUCGGUUCACCGUAACGCUGAUGAACGUCACUCAGGACUACAAGGACUUCUUCUUCGAGGGAGAGUACCGUUUCGUCGCGUUAGGAGCGGAAACGAGCGAGCAAGGCUGCUCGACGAAACUCGAGGAACGUCGGUUACGCGGGACCAGUGGUGAAAUUUCCCUCAGAAGUCCUCUUCCACGAGUAAUUCCCGGUGUGGCCGCAGUAGAGGAGAUCUUGACUAAUACGGAGGACUUAACUGCGACCCAGUGCGUGAACGAGCCCUGGCUGAUCGAGCCCGAAGACGCGAGGAUCAACUAUCUGUACUUAAGGACUACCGGGUACAGUAUUACUUUGGACAACGUCGAGGAUUGCACCACGUCGAACCGUAUCGUUGUUUACUCGGCGGCCAACACGAGGGACCGCAGCGUAAUUUGUCCCGAGGGUGGCGUUGACACCACUAGAACGGUGGACUUUUUCUCCGGUGGCUGGAACUACAGCGCUAUCAACGUUUCAGUGGCAAUGGCACAGCAUUCCAGAAGCUUCGUCGUGGAAUUCCUUCAGAGGGAGCCUGGAUUCUACGCUGUUACGUGGAUGGCCAUCUCUAAGAGAUCUCCUAGUCCAAGCAUCGGACAAAAUGUCUUCACGAUACUGCCCCACGAGGACUGUCUUUACAGAUGUCCAGAAAUUCAAGCGUGUAUCAGCUCAGUUUUAUGGUGCGACGGCAUACGUCACUGUCCUUCGGGUUUUGACGAAGAGGAAGCCAACUGUUCUUAUCGGUUCGGCGUGACGUUGCUCUACGUGGCCGUAGGCGCUGGCGCUCUUGGUAUAUUUUUGAUCCUCCUACUCGCUACUGGCUGCCUCAAGUACUGCCUCUACCGACACAAAGCUCGCAAGAAAAAAAAGAACGUCGCUCUGAACGUGAACCAUCUCCACGUGAAUCACACCCAUCACAAUAACGGUCUCACCGGAAGCCGGUUAAGCGAACGUUAUAACCUCGCCACGCCGCAGGAGAUGUAUCUGGAGAAUUACGGGAAGGAUAGUAUUUGUUGACAAUACGCCAUCGCCAAUAUCGAGACCACCGUGUGAAUAUACAGGAUUUUUAACAUACGCCUACCUCGCUGGCCUCUUUAAUUUCCCCCGUGGAGAGAAAAAAGGAAAACAGGCGACGAACCGUCGACUGAAUGUUCCCCCACUUGGUGGUGCGCAUACACAUGAAAAUAUGUACGCAAUAAUCGUAUUAAAUUCCGUAGACCAAUUUGAAGGCAUUUAACGGACGAACGGGUACCGAGUUCUUUCGAAUCCUCGACAACGAUUUACCCUUUGUCGAACCAUCGUUUGAGUUGAAAUAAUUGCGACUAUGAUUUGAGGUUUCGGAUUUUACUAAAUUUUCGAGUCGGACGAUGGAUCGUGAAGGGGGACGAAAUCGAUGAAAGGCGUUCACGCUGUUCGAACACUCGUGUAUAUGGUUCUCAUGAUAAAAUCGCGGUAUCAAGUAGCUCUAGGAACACACGGUUUUUUUAGGUUUAAAAGCAACGCGUGAGAACUGGAAGCAUACAGAGCGUGAAAGAACUAUAUAGGAACUAAGGGAAGAGAAGAAAUGCAAAAUACGUACGAGUAUAUGCUUUUAAAAACGAAGUAGGAAAACUUGUAAUUUGCAAUGGGAGAGAAUUUUUAUUACGGUCGGUUGCCGAACGAGUGCCACAAACGUCCACGACGAGAAACGACGCAGAAUAGAAUUGGCGGGAUGAAGAAAAGAAAUGACGGUCCUAGUACAAAGUCCUAUAAACGAUAUUACAUAAAUCGCAUGUGAACAUCGGGGGAAAAACGAAACACGCUGUGAUGUACUGGAAAAAGAAAGAAAACUUGAUCAUAUACAUAAAGGGAGACAUUUUUAAAAAGUUGAAAAAGCAAAAAAAUGAAGAGAAUUAUUUCGACCGAUAUUGAUCAUUUUUUAAAUCCGUUUUACGCUAUAAUUUUAUAAUUGUCGUGUUUAAACGAUAUUCAUAUGCAAUUUAUUCUAAGGAUCACGACCAAAAUCAACCAACGCAUUAUCACCGAAUCCUUGUGGAUCGUUUUUAUUAUGAUCGGUGUAAUCUGCGUCGAUCCGUCGAUACCAUCGUUUUUUGUAAGAAAUACGCAGCCACCAUUAAUCCGUUAACGCGGAAGUAUAGUUCACCCUGAGAAGUUAAAAGAUCGUUCGAUACAAUUCCUUUCGGGUCAGUUUUAAAUUUCACGAAGCCCCAGGUAAACCUAUACUUCCGCGUUAAUUCGCGAAGAACUAACCUAUCCAGAUUUCAUAAGUACAUACAUUAAUGAAGAUGAUAUAACACAUAGUUAAAUCACACAUGUAACCUAGGUUUGAUAUCGAUGCGCGAGGCUUGACUGGGAAUGUAGAGAUCGAUGUAUAGUUGAUUAUCGUUUAAACGAAUGCGACGAAGAGAAGAAAGAGAGGGCGGAAAUGACAACGCAUACAUUGUAACCCUAUUACGAAAGUGUUAAAUUACUAAAAAAAAGCCAUCAUUUCACGUACGCACACGCGGAGACACGUAUGCUGAGAGAAUAUUACCACAUACAUACCACGUACACACACGUAUGGUAAAAAAAAAGCGCGUAUAUCUUACGUCUGUAUGCUGUGAUAGAAGUAAGCGUAUCAACAAUCGGAAAUAAAUUUCUCGCGUGAAACAUGUGUUUAUUAUAUGCAAUUCCCUUGUCCUAUUAUUAACUACAUGAAAAUAUUGUACUACUCUAUUGAACAGUCAAGGUUUUGAGAGAACUCAAGAGCCUAAAAAAAUCAUAAAACCUAGCCUAACUCAUCUCAUGUAGGAUAUGUGGUCAAAUGCAGUUGCAUGUCUUCCCCUUCAGUACUUCCUUUCAAAAGUAAGCUUAAGUUGUACGAUCGUAGACGUCAUAUGAAUGCAAGGUGUGCCUUUGCAUUUUAAGGAUCUGGACGUAUUCGAACGCAACGACCUAGUAUCAUACAAUCAACUGCAAUGGAAAACGUUCCCUUUCAGAAAGCUCAAAUUUCGUUAUU